AUGCAGCUCCAGAUCCCAAGGAUCAACAAGACGAACUAUGAGCGCAUGCUAAGAGAGAUUAGGCAAGCAGAGGACAUAAAGGGCGUGGCAGAGGACAUAAGAAAUGUUAUACUACUGAUGCCGCACAAGUCGUCGAUAAUAGCAUCUCUUGUGUGUGAGCUGAUUAAAGACGAUACAGAGCUUAAGAGCACCAUUAUUGAAAUGCUAGAUAGUAUUAUUAGAACAACCAAUGCUUAUGAGAUGAUUUCUGCAGUGUUUACUUUGAAAAGGCUCGGCAUAUGCUGGGUUAGCUGUUUUUCAUGGAUUGAGCAUGGGCCUGCAUCUUUUGUGGCUGGGGAGCAUGAGUUUGACGUUUGUAGCAACGACUUGGUCAAUGAGUGCAAUGCAAAGGCUAACGAAAUCCUUGGAAGAAUCAGUAAAGAAGAUUUUGAAGAUACGUUUUGUAUUAUGCAGGUGGUUAGAAGCUUUAGAUUUUCGGUGCAGGAGUGUGUGAUGCAAUUGAAUGUGUUUAAUAAUCACAAGCAAGUUGUUGAUGGCUUGCUUCUUCUUUAUGGAGAAGGAGAAAAUGCGCUUUAUCUGACGAUGGUUGUGAUUGAACUAUGCAAGAAGCAGGGGUUUAUGAAAACCUUUAUCCACGAGCUUUGCAUGAGGAUGGGCCGUGAUGGCAAGGAAAAGGAAAAUGGACAAGGGGCUAGUGGGAUCAAUAAGAUGGCACUGCCGCUUGUCUUUGAGUAUUUUUUCUGCAAUAAUGAAGAAAAUAGUGUCUAUGCAAGCAGCUCGUAUGUUCCUCUUGGAAGUGUUGAAGACAGAGAGAUGUUCAAACAAGCCGUUGAUGAAGAGGUAAGGAUAGAGAUGGAAAGGAUUUCUGGAGUGACGAAAGUUAAAAGGUUCUUUGAAGAUGAUGCGAUUGCUGAGGCCGAUUGCAUGGUGAAUAAGAUCUCGAAAGAAGAGUUUGAAGACAAGGUUCUGAGUAGACAUUAUUCGAACGGAGAUGCAGGUAAUAAUACUGAGGACAAGGAGUUUUUUUUCAGAAAUUUCUGUUAUCUUGGCUCUCCAAGCAUUUCGCACUUCUUGACAUAUCUUGAGAUGUACAAAUCGCACUUCCGAUUAGAAGCAGAUGACCAGCAGCUAUUUGUAAAUGUGUUUCUUGAUGUAUUUAAAUCUUCUGAGUCAUUCAGUAGGAUUGUAUUGGAGAAAAUGGUUUUGUUUGGAAUGCUACAGAAAGAAGUAGUCGAUUGCACGACAAAGCAAUGA